AUGAGACACAUCAUUGAUGGUAGUUCACAGGCGAGCAAAGACAAAAUGAGAGAGAAGUAUGAUAAUUCCACGGCAGAAUUUCUUAAAGAAAACUUUAGCAACAAUGUUAAGAAUAUCCUGUUUGGUGGAUCAAGAGACUUUGCUGAUAAUAACGACACUGAUGACAUUACAGCAAAAGCACUCUGUGACAAUACCUUUGCGGUGUUCAUGCUCAAGGAGAGUAAAGACCAACAUGCCCAUCCAUUUAUUGGAAAGGUCUCCUCUUUGAGAGUAGAACACUAUCGAGUUGAGAGUAGUCCCCACACUCAAGGUGACAACUACCUCCUCACGCAAAGGGUUUCCAAUGAUGCAUCUACUCCACUCGAUCAGUUGAAGAUUGUAUCUAAUAUUCUGUGCAACUCUACAAAUCUGAGUCCACAAACGUCUCUACUUAUUGAAACUUGCACUCUAGUGCUAUUCUCUAGAUACUAUGAUAUUGAUGAAGGCCACACUGUGAUAAAUGGCAGCAUUUAUAACUCUGUACUUGUAGAUUUCUACGAGCUCAUAUCCAUCUAUAAGCUCGUAGAAAUGUCGGGGAAGAUUUUUGAACCAAUAGAAUUACUUAAAAUAGAAGAAAUUAGCACCACGGAUGAAAUUUGA